AUGUCUGUUAUUAAGAAGAAAAAACAUGUUUCAAAAAAGAAUAAAAAGGCAUGGCGGAAAUAUUGUGAUAUCAAAGACGUUGAAGACUUCCUCGAAGAUCAGCGCUUGGAUGAAAGACUUGGCAAGUUUGAAACUAAAGCGGACUCGGAAUUAUUUGUUGUGGACACUGGUGGCGAUGAAAAGCCUGAAGUGGUCGAUGUGAAGCCAUUGUCUUUAAAGCAAAGGAAAAGGGCUCUGCUCUCACAGACACCGAAAUGUUUCGAAGUAUUACUCCCUACUUCUAAGGUCCAAGAUCCAAACGCUAAACGAAAUCGUGUAAAUCCAGUGGGGACCAAGCCCACUGCUUUAAGUAAACUGUCACAGAAACGUCGCAUAAACAAAGGUGUACAUGUGAAAAAAGUGGAGCUUGUUCGUAAGAAUAGAAAAAUUGCCUUAGACAAGAAAAGAAAAAUGAAAGAGAUUCAAAAUACAUUCGAAAAGAAUUUGUGGGGUGGAGAUUUGCUUGAAGCAAAGGGUGUUCCGUCGACGCUGUGUGACGAAUUUGUAUCUUCGGAUGCUCAGCUUCACAAUGUGUUGCCGGAUAAGCGUUUACGCCCAAAACCUCCACCGCCCAAGACCGUGGCAACACGUGCUGCCAUUGAAAUGCCUCACCCCGGCGUCAGUUACAACCCAUCCUAUCAGGAACACCAAGAUCUUCUGCAAGAGGUGGUGCAACAUGAGCAGAAGAUGAUUAAAAAAGAGCAGCACUUGAACCGAGUAACUACAAGGAUGUUCAGUAAAGUCAGUGCGCAGGAAAAGGAGAAUCAAUGGCGCGAGGAGAUGAGCGCUGGUCUGCCGUCAGCCAAGCCGAGCGGGCCUUCGGACGAGGAGGGCUCCGGCGGCGAGUACAAGGCGGUGAACCCCCCAGUCAGGAACAGGAAGAAGGACCACAAGGCGCGCAGGAAGCAGCGCGAGCGGCUGCUGGAGAAGGAGAGGCUGAAGCGGGAGAAGAUCGAGAAGAAGAAGAUCACCGACAUCUACAAGCUCCGGAGGCUGCAGUCCUCCAUCGGCGAGCGGGAGCGGCGGCAGGCGCGGCUGCGCGAGAAGCGCGGGGCGAAGCGCCAGCUGGCGCAGGCCACGGCGGCGCCCGUGCUCAACGCGCGCACGCCGCCCCAGCCGCAGCCGGACCUGCUGGAGCCCGACCUCAUCACUGGCGAGCUCAGGACCGUCACCACCACCACCAAUUUGCUGCGCGAGAGAUUCGAGUCUCUGCAACGGCGGGGGGCCUUGGCCGCCUCCAAGCUGAUGAUGAAGAAGAAGAGGCGGCUCAAGAGCUACUUCAAGGCCGGCCACAAAGUCACCGACCAGGAUGUGGACAACUACCUGAAGAAGGCGAAAGACAAGAAGACUCCCAAGAAAACCGUUCCCAAGGAGAAA